ACACAUACACACACACGCACACACACGCACACACCCGCACCCUGACGUCACCAUGACGGCCUACGAAGACAUGCUGAAAAGUGUGGGUGAGUUCGGGCUCUACCAGAAAGUGAGGAUUUUCCUCUUCUGUCUGCCUGCCAUCUCCGCAGCUCUACACAACAUGUCCAUGGUCUUCAACAUGGAGACGCCAGAGUUCCGCUGUGCUGUUCCGGGAUUGCCCAGCGACACGUAUGCGGUUCAGAGUGAGCACCACGCCCACCUCAUCAAUGCCAGUCUGCCGCGGGACGAGAAGACUGGUGGAUACUCACGCUGUUAUACCUACAGGCCGAGCGCGAAGAACUCACUCGGGCCCAGGUCAAACCGUAGCGGUGCCAACGAGACGAGUCAGCUGAUCUUUGACAGGAACCAGACGGCACCGUGCGAGAGAUGGGUCUACAGUAAGGAUGUUCACGAGAGCACUGUUACGUCACAUUUAAACUUGGUGUGUGAGCGGGAUGGGGUUCGAACCCACCAAUCCAUGAUGAUGCUGAUGGGUCUGUUGGUGGGGUCCCUCAUCUGUACGCCGCUGGCAGACUGGAUCGGACGAAAGAAGGUUCUGAUUGUCUGUGGCCUGCUCCAGAUGGUCCUGGGCUUCUGUUUCGUCUUCAUCACCAGCGUAUCCUGGCUCCUGGGUCUGCGCUUCCUCAUCGCUAUCACAGGAUUGGGGACAUUUUUCGCGGGCUUCGUGCUGUCGACAGAAAUCGUGGGCCCAUCUCAUAGAGCAAUGGCUGGAGUAUGCGCUAUGUACUUCUGGGCAGUAGGUAUGUUCCUCCUGGUCUUCCUCUUCUACUUCAUCCGAGACUGGCGCAUCGCACAAGUGACGUUGACGGCUCCCGGCCUCCUCUACAUCUCAUACUGGUGGAUAAUCCCUGAGUCCCCAAGAUGGCUCAUCUUGAAAGGGCGCCACUAUGAGGCGGACAAAGUUCUGCGCAGUAUGGCCACGACGAACAGGAGGCCGGUCCCAGAGCAGAUGCUCAACGACCUGGCAACGUCUGCAGAGACAGACGUCACGAAAGCCAGCUUGAGGGAGGAACAGCAGCAGCAGCAGCAGCAGCAGCAACGACAGCAACAAGGACAGAAUCUACGUCAGCAGUUAUGGCUUUUGUUCAGCAGCCCUGCUCUCGCUGGAAGGUUUCUCAAUCUGUGUUUUAACUGGCUAGCUAUCAACGUGUGUUACUACGGGCUGACUCUAAACGUGGGCUCCCUGCUAGAGGGUGAGCUGUACUUUAACUUCACACUGCUCACCAUCAUGGAGCUGGCAGGCUUCGUAGUCGCCCACUUGCUUCUUGACAGACUCGGCCGGAAACCAGUCUACUGUUGCUGUAUGUUGCUAGGGGGCGUGGCCUGCUUAGCAACAUUGGGGCCUGUACUUACUAAAUCAGGUGUGUUUCAUUGUUUUUGUAAAAGUUUAACAUCAUUUUCAAAAUAAUUAGGUCUUGUAAGUGCCGAAGAU